AUGGAUGUUAAAUCAUUGUUACAAAGCUUGGCUAUUUUGCUGUGUUUGGCUAUGGUUGAAGGUCUGAGAUGCCACACCUGUCAAUGGAGCAUCUCUAUCCCAGAUGAGAAUUGUAGAAGCAAUCCAGAACAAGUUCCUGUACAAGCAUGUAGUAGGCGCUACAAGAGACCAGUGUGUAUUUCUAGUGUCACAUACUACUUUCCACCCAGUGGCCCAAAGUCUGCCAACUUCAUCUCCAGGGGCUGCUACAAUGGCACUAAAGACUGCCAGGAUAAAUGUAAGCCCCACCCUAAAGAUCCCACAUGUACACGAUGCUGCGAGGAAGAUGAAUGCAACUAUGUGUUUAUGGGGUCAUCAAUGAUACGCGGAACCUGGAUAUACAUUAUCGGACUGUCUGGUCUCACAUGCUACUUGUUAGACAUUAAGCUUUAAAUGCUUACAAUUGAGACCAGACUUUUACGGGUCUAUCUGGGUCUAAUAAAUUAUUUUAGACUAAUUGAGUAGUGUGUACAAUAAUGUAACAAAACAUUGUCAAGCAAUAGAAUCACAAAUGUACUCAAAAAUAAUUCCAGAAAAAAAACUUUCAGACAUCAUUAAGGUUGUUUCUAAGAACGUUUUAUUACAACUACAGACAAUAUUCUUCCAAAAAUGAAUAUUUCUCCAAUAUACAUUAUACCAUGUUUCAACUGAGGUGUCACUUAUAGGUGAUGAUAAACCUAUAUGACAUGUAGUAAUGUAGGUGUUCUUAAGGUAGACAAACUAGAAUGAGUAAUAUUGCGAAAUAAUUUACUCCACUUUGCCUUCCUUAAGAAAAUAGCAUAGAGUAAUACUUCAAGACAAUCUGAAAUAACUAAUGACUAUACAUGUAUUUGUAAUUUUAUAAUAUGUAAAUGCAUGUUCUACAGGGAUGUAAAAGAUACAGUAUAUACAAAAUAUGUUGGUUUAUUUGAUCAAAAUGAGACACUUAAGCAUGCCUCUGGGAUUUCAAAUUUUCCCAUUUUCUAUUUAUAUCCUGUAUAUGUAGUUGUAAAUAUUGUGUCUGAUAAAUUAAUGUGUAUCUUUUGUCUCACUAAGUAAUAAAUUCAAUAAAAGGGCUAUUCAUUUUAUUAAAAAAUUUAUUGUAUAAAGGCACAGUGUACAAGUCAUCUAAAAUAUCCCCUCCCC